GGUUUUGUCCGGUUGUCAAUGCAUUGGUGUGUAAACUCCCGGAAAGAGAAUGUUGAGGAAUUUAUGGGCUUUUCGAUCACAUCAACGUGUACCUGUGCACUGGAUUCACAGAUCCCGGCCACGCAGCAGCACGCAAUGUGGAAUUUUGUGGAAUUCCUCACGUGCAGUGUCCACAAAUGACACACCAAGUGACCAAAAGAAGCGUUCUCUUCCACCCCUGAUGGAUUUCCCGGAGAUUGUGUGGCCUACCGUGUUCAAAUCCAUGCGCAAUUGGAUCCUUGUGAACUUCAUCAUACGUCCGUACAUCGACCGAGAAUUCAGCAUGCCGGAUUUUGUUUUAGGUGCCAAACAAGCUCUCCAGGCUGUUUCCACAAAGCUCUCCGAUGGGGAUACAACGGAUCUCACGGAUUUGCUAUCGCGAGAGUGUGCCACAGAAAUUACAGCAUCCAUCAGGAAGAUGUCUGUGGCACAGAGGCAUGAAAUUCGGGUAAUUAAGGAGGAUGUUUACUUCUCCUUCCCCUACCAAGUGGGCAUUAUCUUUGAUGAUGACUCCGGUGAGGAGACAGCUGCCCAGAAGCGCUGGGUGGAGAUUACAAUGAUUUUUCAUGCUCUCCGGGGACUACGUGAUAUGCAGGAACGCGGGGAAACUCCUCCGAUUAAUUUAGGCCUCCUACCAGAUUAUAGAGACAAAAUAUCAAUAUGCAACUACAGAUUCAUAAAGGAAUUCACCAAAGGAAAGGAAUCUGACUGGACAAUAAAUGUCGUGAAUCACUUCAAGCCUAAUGACCUGCUGGAUGAAUGAGAAGGUGAAAUCUGUAACCAUCUCAUCUCCAGGAAAUAUAAAUUUGCUUGUAAAUAAAGAUUUGUAGAGAGAUUGAGAAAAUUCAA